AUGGAGGGGCCGGUGUUAACGCUGGGGCUGCUGGCUGCCCUGGUCGUGUGUGGCAGCUGGGGCCUGAACGAGGAGGAGCGGCUGAUUCGGCACCUGUUUGAAGAGAAGGGCUACAACAAGGAGCUCCGGCCUGUGGCUCACAAAGAUGAGAGCGUGGAGGUCUCGCUGGCCCUCACACUCUCCAAUCUCAUCUCUCUGAAAGAAGUUGAGGAGACCCUCACCACUAACGUGUGGAUCGAGCACGGCUGGACGGACCCCCGGCUGCAGUGGGAUGCUGAAGAAUUUGGAAAUAUCAGUGUCCUGCGCCUGCCCCCUGACAUGCUGUGGCUCCCAGAGAUUGUGCUGGAGAACAACAACGACGGCUCCUUCCAGAUUUCCUACGCCUGCAACGUGCUCGUCUACCCUUCGGGCUACGUGUACUGGCUGCCGCCCGCCAUCUUCCGCUCCUCUUGCCCCAUCUCCGUCACCUACUUCCCCUUCGACUGGCAGAACUGCUCCCUCAAGUUCAGUUCACUCAAGUACACGGCCAAGGAGAUCACCCUGAGUCUGAAGCAGGAGGAGGAAGAGGGCCGCUCCUAUCCUGUGGAGUGGAUCAUCAUCGACCCCGAGGGUUUCACAGAGAACGGGGAGUGGGAGAUAGUGCACCGGCCAGCCAGGAUCAACGUGGACCCCGGUGUCCCGCUGGACAGUCCCGGCCACCAGGACGUCACCUUCUACCUCAUCAUCCGCCGCAAGCCCCUCUUCUACAUCAUCAACAUCCUGGUGCCCUGCGUGCUCAUCUCCUUCAUGAUCAACCUGGUCUUCUACCUGCCGGCUGACAGUGGCGAGAAGACGUCGAUGGCCAUCUCGGUGCUCCUGGCCCAGUCGGUCUUCCUGCUGCUCAUCUCCAAGCGGCUGCCCGCCACGUCCAUGGCCAUCCCCCUCAUCGGCAAGUUCCUGCUCUUCGGCAUGGUGCUGGUGACCAUGGUCGUGGUGAUCUGUGUCAUCGUGCUCAACAUCCACUUUCGCACACCCAGCACCCACGUGCUGUCUGAGGGGGUCAAGAAGCUCUUCCUGGAGACCCUGCCCAAACUGCUACACAUGUCCCGCCCAGCAGAGGAUGGGCCCAGCCCGGGGGCUCUCGUCCGGAGAAGCAGUUCCCUGGGCUACAUCUCCAAGGCCGAGGAGUACUUCUUGCUCAAGUCCCGAAGUGACCUCAUGUUUGAGAAGCAGUCGGAGCGGCACGGGCUGGCCCGGCGCCUCACCACCGCACGCCGGCCCCCAGCAGGCUCUGAGCAAGCCCAGCAGGAGCUCUUCAGUGAGCUGAAGCCAGCCGUGGAUGGGGCCAACUUCAUCGUCAACCACAUGAGGGACCAGAACAAUUACAAUGAGGAAAAGGACUGCUGGAACCGAGUGGCCCGCACAGUGGACCGACUCUGCCUGUUCGUGGUGACGCCCAUCAUGGUGGUGGGCACGGCCUGGAUCUUCCUGCAGGGCGCCUACAACCAGCCCCCACCUCAGCCCUUCCCCGGGGACCCCUUCUCCUACCAUGAGGAAGAUAAGCGCUUCGCCUAG